GUUCUCAUCAUUAAUGAUAAAACACACAUCAAAUGUUGAUUUUUGGAUAAUAAUUGUGAUCAUUAACAACCCUCACGUAUUCAGUGAUACCAUGAUGAUGCAUGGGUACAGAGACCAUCCAUCAUUCAUCAUACUUGUAGUUGAUGUUGUAAAGUGUCUAAUAUUAGUCAAAAUAAACAUAUUUAUAAACCUUGACUUUGUAUAUAUAUAGUAACAGUUUGCUUUUUCAUCAUCCAUCCUUUGGUCUGCAUGGCAAACUGAACAAACUAAUUAAGCACAAACUUAUCGACCAAUGAGAUCAGAUCAUUAUUUCUUAUAGAAUGUUAAUUGCAUUAUGCUCUUGAUGCUAUUAUUUCAACUUCCAAUCUGUCUAGUCAAAACCAGUGAUUGCAAAAGGCGCUCGGGCGCUCGCCUAGGCGCUCGGGCGAGGCGAGGCGAGGCCCGAGCGCCUCGCUAAUGUCCCAGGCGGCGCGCUUCAAACAGGCGCCGCCUAGGCGCUCGCCCGAGCCCAGGCGCUGGGCGCUUCGGGCGAGCGCCUGGGUAAACCAAGGCGACCGAACCAGAAUUUUAGGUCUGGUUCGGUCCUGGUUCGGUUGUUAGUUGGUUCAAUCGAACCAACUAAACCGAUAUAACCCCAACCCUAACCCUAACCCUAACCCAACACUAACCUGCUGCUGCUGCCGCUCUCGAUCCCGAUCCCGAUCGCGAUCUCGUCGCUCGCUGCCGCUGCUCGCCGGUGUCGCUGCUCGCGCCUCCCGCGAGCCUUCCCGCAGUUCGCGCCUCCCGCGAGCCCUCUCGCUGCUCGCGCCUCCUGCGAGCCCUCUCGCUGCUCGCGCCUCCCGCGAGCCCUCUCGCCUCCUGCGAGCCCUCCCGCGAGCCUUCCCGCUGCUCGCGCCUCCCUCGAGGCCUCCCGCUGCUCGCGCCUUCCUCUCCCUUUCCCUUUCCCGCUGCCGCUGCCGCCGCUCGCUGCUGCUGUUGUUGCUGCCGCUCGCCGCUGCUGCUGCCGCCGCUGCUGCCGCCGCUCGCCGCUGCUGCCACCGCCGCUCCCACUCGCUGCUGCUUCCUCGUUUCUCCAUCAAGCUCAGUAAAAUAAUUAAGUUUAUUUGAAUUUUAAAAUAAAUAAUUUUCUGUUAAUAGAUUAAUAAUAUAUUAUUUUGAUUUUAAUGUUAUUAAUUUUUAUUUAUUUGAAAUUAUUGUUAGGUUUCAACAUAAAUGGCAAGUGCAGAAAGCAACUCAAUAGAGUCUCCAGUGGUAUCAAAAAAAGAUCCUGCAUGGAAGUAUAAUUAUUUGAAGGAUCCGAAAGAUCCUAAUGCAGUGACUUGCAUAUUCUGUGAUAAGACUACCAGAGGUGGUAUUUUUCGUGCAAAACAACAUCUAGUAGGAAAUUUCAAGAAUGCAGCAGCUUGCAAAAAAUGUCCACCUGAGGUAAAAGAAGAGUUGCUGAAUUAUAUGAAUGAAAAGAAGACACAAAAGAAUGAAUCUUAUGGGAAUUUACCAGAAGACAAUGUUGAACAAAUCAGAGAUGAAGAAGAAGAUUAUUCUACGAGUAUUAACCCAAGUGAAAAAAGAGUAUACGACAAAAAGGGAAAAGAAGUUAUGAGUACUAAGAAAUGUAGAAAAGGACCGAUGGAUCUAUAUAUGCUUCAAGGAUCCCAGAAACAACAAGGGCAAGCAGGAGGCUCAAAAUUGAGACAAACAAAUAUAAGUGAUGCUUGUGAUAAAGAAAUAAGAGGAAGAACAAUUCAGCACAUUGCUCGCUUCUUUUAUCAGGCUGGUCUUCCCCUUAGUACAACUCGUUUAGACAGUUUUAAGGAUAUGAUUGAAGCUAUUGGAAGAUAUGGUGCAGGAUUAAAACCUCCAAGUUAUUAUGAGAUGCGAGUUCCAUUGCUGCAAAAAGAGUUGAAUUAUACAAAUGACUUACUAAAGGGUCAUAAAGAAUCAUGGGCAACACGUGGUUGCUCUAUUAUGUCAGAUGUUUGGACUGACAGGAGGCGCAGGAGUAUAAUUAAUUUUAUGGUUAAUUGUUCUUUGGGGACUAUGUUUGUGAAGUCAAUAGAUGCUUCAUCUUUUGUAAAAUCUGGAGACAAGAUAUAUGAUUUACUUGACAACUUCGUGGAAGAAAUUGGAGAACAAAAUAUCGUUCAAAUCAUAACCGACAAUGGAAGCAACUAUGUUUUAGCUGGUAAAUUGCUUGAAUCAAAAAGACAACACUUGUAUUGGACUCCAUGUGCAGCACAUUGUAUUGAUUUAAUGUUGGAAGAUAUUGGAAAGAUCUUAGAAAUCAAGAAAACCUUAGAAAGGGCAAUUUUUGUUGUUGGAUUUCUUUAUAAUCACAUUGGGGCUUUGAAUAUGAUGAGAGAAUUUACAGGGAAUAAAGAAUUAGUGAGACAUGGUGUUACCCGAUUUGCUACUUCAUUCUUGACAUUACAGAGCGUGCAUCGUCAAAAACAUACUCUGAGAAAUAUGUUUACCUCUGAGAAAUGGGUGACAAGCAAAUGGGCAAAAGAAGCAAAAGGCAAGAGGGCUGCUGAUAUCAUCUUAAUGCCAUCCUUUUGGAAUCAUGUAGUUUAUAUAUUAAAGGUAAUGGGCCCUCUUGUUCGAGUCCUUCGGUUGGUGGAUAAUGAAAAUAAGCCUGCAAUGGGAUAUAUUUAUGAGGCUAUGGAUAGAGCAAAGGAGACGAUUAAAAGAUCUUUUAAUGAAAAUGAAGAAAAAUAUGAGAAAAUUUUUACAAUCAUUGACGAAAGAUGGAAUUGUCAACUUCAUCGUCCCUUACAUGCAGCAGGAUAUUAUUUGAACCCUGAAUUCUUUUAUAAGAUUAAAUCUGUUGGAUUUGAUGCAGAAGUUUUGAGUGGGUUAUAUCAGUGUGUUGCAAGAUUAGUUCCCAGCAUUGAGGUUCAAGAUAAGAUUAUUCAUGAAUUAUCUUUAUAUAAAAAUGCUGAAGGUCUUUUUGGAAUUCCAAUUGCCGUUCGAUCCAGGACAACUACCUCUCCAGCUGAAUGGUGGAGUCUAUUUGGAAAUUCCACCCCGAACUUACAGAAAUUUGCUAUCAAAGUACUUAGUUUGACAUGUAGUGCUUCGGGUUGUGAGCGAAACUGGAGUGUCUUUGAGCAUAUUCACUCGAAGAGAAGAAAUCGGUUAGAACAUCAACGAUUGCACGAUCUUGUUUACAUAAAGUAUAAUCAAGCUUUGAAGACUCGUCAUGAUUUGAAAAAUAGAUUUGAUUCAAUCUCAUUGCAAGAUAUUGAUGAUUCAAAUGAGUGGUUAGUAGGAGAAAUGGGUGCUAACUUGCAAGAUGCUGAAGACGAGCUUGUAUUUGAAGAUGAUAGAUUGACGUGGGGAGAUGUGGCAAGAGCUUCAGGUGCUGGAGAAUUACAAACAUAUACAAGACAGAUGUCAAAGAGAAAAAUGAGUGCAAAAGCAUCAAGCUCGGCUCCUGCUAUUGUUGAAGACAUAGAGAAUGAAACAUAUCUUGAUGAAGAGGAAGGAAUCGAAGAACAAGAGGAAGAAGACGAAUUCAAUGAAGAUGAUUUGUGUGAAAAUGACGAUAAUAUUGAUUAUGAUGAAUGACUUUGAUGUAAAAUUUUAAUGUUUUGAAUUUUGAAACUUUUUGUUAAUGUGACAUUGUGAUUUUGUAUCUUAGAUUUUCUUAAUUUAAUAGCAUAUUUUUAUUUAAAAUUUUAAAUAAUUAUAUUUAUUAAUUAUAUUAUAUAUUUUUAUAUUUUAGCGCCUCGCUUCGCUCGGGUGAGCGCCUGGGCGAGCGCCUAGCGCCUCGGGCGUUUUUGGACCUUGGCGCCUUUUGGCGCCUAGCGCUUUUUAAAUCACUGGUCAAAACAAAAGUUUACUGCUUAUAUUAUGGACUAUCUUGCAUCAUUCAGAAACCUCAUGUGUUGCCUCUCUCAAAUUCCCCCCUUCCUGCAAAAAAAACACAGAAUGUAUGUUGAAAUUUUGGAUUUAUCGAUGUGUACAUCGAUCUGAAUCGAUUGUGUUGGUGUCAUCAUUGACAUAAGACAAUUUUCCUUUUGUG